CUCAGCUGCUUGCGUCAAAAUAAACUAUUUCUGCUUGUGUUUUGUCAAUGCAUUUAAUAAACAAAACGUAGCUUAUUCCUUUGAAAUUUUCAGUAUUAAAAAGUUAAAACAUGGAUUUAGAAAACGAACGUGUGCUAAAGCUGAUAUUUCCGGAUGGUCUACCAGAGAACCUCCGCGAAAAUCCCGAGCUCUAUAGUUAUUUAGCCAAUUUGGGCACCUACAAAGUUGAGCAGCUGAAGAAGGAACAAACGCGCUUAGCGGACGAAACUAAACGCCUUGUAGAGCAAACACAAGAAUUGGCUAUUUCGAAUUACAAAACAUUCAUACGCACAGCUGAAAAUUCACGUUCAAUUUUCACUGAAUUCCAAAACACCGAGGAGCAAGUGGGCACAUUGCUUAGCAAAUUGCCAGUGUUCACGGCUGAGUGUGAAAGUUUUCUAGACAAAGCAGAGGAUAUAAAUGAAGAUAGACGUAUUAAUUCCAUUACUUUGAAAAAGAAUGCACAGCUGCUGGAGAUACUCGAAUUGCCACAGUUGAUGGAGCGUUGCAUACGCGAGGGGCGCUAUGAGGAAGCACUCGAACUGGCGAGCUAUGUGCAAAAGUUGGGACACAACCAAAGUGACAUACCGAUCAUAAGGACUAUCGUGCACGCAGUGGAGGCCCUUUGGCACACAAUGUUGGUCCAGUUGGUGGCACAGUUACGCACCGACCUACAAUUACCCAAGUGCUUGCAAAUUGUUGGCUAUUUACGCCGUAUGCAGGCAUUCGGCAACAAUGAAUUGAAGUUGAAGUUUUUGCAAGCGCGUGAUGCUUGGCUUACGGGCACGCUGAAAGCGAUUUCAAAGGAGGAUGCUCAGCAACAUUUGACCAAAACAAUCGAGGUAACGCGCAUCCAUUUGUUCAAUAUUAUAACACAAUACCGGGCGAUUUUUCCUGACGAAGAGCCAACUGCAGUUACGGUGGUCAAACCUUUGCAGGGAGUCAGCUGCGAUGGUGAACGACUAUUUCAGGCAUGGCUGCAUAGGAAGAUUGAUGACUUUCUGCAAACUUUGGAAUGCGAUUUAGAACGCGGCGUUAGCUCAUUCGACACCGUACUCGGACAAUGCAUGUACUUUGGUCUCUCAUUCAGUCGCGUUGGCGCCGAUUUUCGUGCACUUAUGGUGCCCAUCUUCCUGCGCGUAAUAAGAAAAAAUUUCGAAAAUGCCAUCUUCACAGUAAAUAAAAGUUUCGCGCAAGAGCUGGAACGCUAUACGCUGAUUAAUAAGGUAACAUUGCAUACACGCGGCCACAAAGUGGACACAGCCACUGCAGCCGGCAGCACAACAAAACAGGAACAGGAGUCCUUUUCACCGCCGGAAACACUACUCGAUUUCCAUCCGCUAGCCUCACUCUGUAAUGGCUACUUGAAUGCACUGAAUGAGUUACGUCUUUGUGCGCCCAUCGCUUUGGCGAAUGAUGUGACGCGUGCGCUGCAAUCGUCGCUGGAGUUCGUGGCCACUAAGGUGCUGGGCUUUUAUAGGCAAGAGCAACAGGCAUUCACCGGUGCUGAGCGUGAAACUUUUGUAAAAUUAUGCACAUGUUUGGCCUACGAUUUAAUACCCUAUGUGCAGCGUUGCAUACACGCCAUCUUCCCACAACAGACACUCACCAAUCACUUGGGUAUAAAUCUGUUAACAUUGGAGCAACAGCAGAUCACUUACCUGCAACAGCAAAAAAUAUUGGAGCCACUAAAGCAUCUGUUGCCAAGCAAAAUACCCGAGAUGUUGCUGAAGCAAGAACAGGCGAAAGCGUUGGUGGCCUCGGAGGUGGAGCAAAAUGCCGCGGCGGUUAUCACUGCGGAGGGUUAAUCGCUUGGAAGUGAAAUAUAAUGAAACGAUAUAUACUAAUCCUUAAUAUAUGUAAAAAAAAUACUUCAAAAAACUUGAAGCCACAAAUUAAUAAAACACACAUAUAUGAUAUGAGUCACUAAUACA